AUGGAAGAUAACGAAAAUAUAAAACUAAAUUAAUUCUUAUAAAUUAACUGGCUAAGCUAAAUUGAAAAGGCUAAUAUUAAUAAGGAAAAAUUGAUUGAGUAGUUAAAAGAGUAUGAUUUAGAUUCAAAAUUUUUGUAGAAAGAAUAUUAAAAUGGAAAAUUUUUAUAUAUUUAAUCUGAAGAAUUGGGAAUAAGUUUGUAAUUAGAGUCUGAAAUUUUGAAUUGUGUCUACAUAUAUGGAGGAAGGGAUAAGAAAUUCAAGUAAUACAAAGGAUUUUUACCGUAUUUGAUAAAUUUUGACUUAACGAAUGGGGAUGUUGUAAAAUUUUUAGGAGAACCAAGCACAAGGAAUGGAGGAAAGUUGACUUCUAUUUCAAUUGCAUAUGAACAUUUAGGAAUAGAAUUUACAUUUGGUACCAAAAAUUGGUCAGAAAAGGACAGUCUCAUAGAAUUUAUAUGUUUAUUUAAAAAGGAAAGUAGUGCUUCAUAUAAGUUAUGUGGAAAUUGCAAAAAUCCUACCAAUAAUUUGUGUUCUAGAUGCAAAAUAAUUUAUUAUUGUUCAGCUUCCUGCCAAAAAGAACACUUUUAAAAUCAUAAAGAAAAAUGUAAAUAAUAUGCUAUGUAAUCUAGCAUUUAGGCAUGA